GAGCUGCUGACCCAGAGACCUGCUGCACCGCCGCACACACACACAUACACACACACACUGACACACACACAGAGACAUCUCCCACUAUCCCAGGGAGGGGAAGGAACGAGUCAGGGCCGAUCUCCGAUAAUCCUGCUGCCUGUGGAAGUGAAGAUGGCGGCUCCCAUCCCUGCUAAGCCAGGCACCGUAGGGGGAGGCAGCAAACCUGCUUCCCCGGAGCUGGAUUUCAGGUCUGGAGCCAGGAUCGAAGAAUUAAACAAACUCAUCGUGGAAUUUAGCAAGCACGAUCAGCGGGAAUACGACGACCAGCGAGCCCUGGAGAUCCACACAGCCAAGGACUUCAUCUUCUCCAUGCUAGGCAUGGUCCAGAAACUUGACCAGAAGUUGCCUGUAGCAAAUGAGUAUUUGCUGCUUUCUGGUGGUGUUCGGGAAGGAGUUGUAGACCUGGAUCUUGAUGAAUUGAACGUUUAUGCUCGUGGAACCGAUUAUGACAUGGAUUUUACCCUUCUUGUGCCAGCUUUAAAGCUUCAUGACCGGAACCAGCCAGUCACACUUGAUAUGCGUCACUCUGCUCUAUGUCACUCAUGGCUUAGCCUUCGAUUGUUUGAUGAAGGGACAAUCACAAAGUGGAAAGACUGUUGUACAAUUGUUGACCAUAUCAAUGGCGCAACUAACUAUUUCUUUUCCCCUACAAAAGUUGCUGACUGGUUCCACGAGUCAAUCAGCAUCGUGCUGUCUGAGAUUCAGAAGAAACCUCAAAGAGGAAUGCCUAAGGUGGAGAAGGUGGAAAAGAAUGGCACUAUUAUAUCCAUCAUUUUAGGUGUUGGAAGCAGUCGCAUGCUGUAUGAUAUUGUUCCUGUGGUCUCGUUCAAAGGGUGGCCAGCUGUAGCACAGAGCUGGCUAAUGGAAAACCACUUUUGGGAUGGCAAGAUUACAGAAGAAGAAGUCAUUAGUGGGUUUUAUUUAGUGCCAGCUUGCUCCUAUAAGGGUAAGAAAGAUAAUGAGUGGAGAUUGUCAUUUGCCAGAAGCGAGGUGCAGCUGAAGAAGUGCAUUUCCAGUAGCUUAAUGCAAGCCUAUCAAGCUUGUAAAGCCAUAAUCAUAAAGCUUUUAUCAAGACCAAAAGCUAUCAGUCCAUACCAUCUGCGUAGUAUGAUGCUGUGGGCUUGUGAUAGACUCCCAGCUAAUUACUUAGCUCAGGAAGAUUAUGCGGCCCAUUUCCUGUUGGGACUUAUUGAUGAUCUGCAACAUUGCUUAGUAAACAAAAUGUGCCCCAACUACUUCAUUCCUCAAUGCAAUAUGUUAGAGCACCUUUCAGAGGAUACAGUCAUUUUACAUGCUAGAAAGCUGUCUUCUGUGAGAUCAGACCCUGCAGAACACCUCCGGACGGCCAUUGAACAUGUCAAGGCUGCCAACCGACUCACCCUGGAUCUCCAGAGGAGAGGAAGCACCACUAGCAUACCAUCACCACAGUCUGAUGGAGGAGACAAUAACCAACCAGAUGAUCGGUUAGCCAAAAAGUUGCAACAGCUAGUAACUGAAAACCCAGGAAAGUCUAUCUCUGUCUUCAUCAACCCUGACGAUGUUACCAGGCCUCAUUUUAGGAUUGAUGACAAGUUUUUCUGAGAAUGUCCGAUGCAUUCAUUAGGACUUCAUGUGUAAUCUGUGUGAUGUCUUGUUUUUACAUAUCCAGCUUAGAAUGGAUUUGUCAAGAACAAUCUGAAAUUUUUUAUCCUGCUUGUGCAGGACUUUGCAAAAUUUGAAACAGUAUAUUACUAUUUCAUAUGCUGCUUUGAUCACUUUUUUUUUUACGUUUUAAGGGAGAACAUGAGCCUUAAUGACCAUUUUAUGUUUGCUAUUGUGUCUAUUUAAUUGGUAUACAUGUUGAAACUUCAGAUAUGUUUUUUGGAAAUAAUGAAUUGCAUUGGGCUUCCAUCGUUUUAAGUGUACAUA